GUCGCUGAAGAGUGGUCCAGUCGUGUACCCGGAAGUGACGACACUAAUCUACUCUCUGCGUGAAACUGGUUGUUGUCGCUCGUCGAUUGCCGUGGGGAACAGAAUGGAGAUUGAAGCCCCCAUGGAUAGACCACCAUGUCCUGGGUGUUCAGCCUACCUGAAAGAACCCUUCAUCAAGUGUGCCCAGUGUAAACCUCCAAUACUGCUGUGUCUACAGUGUUUUGCAAGGGGCUUUGAAAAGGCAGGCCAUGAGAGUGAUCACAGAUAUGAGAUCAUCACCAAUGAGUUCCCAGUGUUUGACCUUGGCUGGACGGCUGUGGAGGAACUCAAGCUGCUGGAAGCACUGGGGGAUUGUGGGAUUGGCAAUUGGCAGGAGAUAUCCAACAAUGUGGGGACCAAGUCAGCAGCAGAAUGUGAAUCUCACUACCUGCUGUACUAUGUCAGCAGGGCCAGGCCACCACUACCAGUUUUUGAAGAACCAAAGAAUACAGAACAGCUGUGUCCAGUCACUGCCAAAUUGAGGACCCCCCCGCGGCCUGCAGCAGACUCUGCCCGUGCUGUGGAGAUGGCAGGGUACAUGCCUGCCAGGGGAGACUUCACAGAGGAGUUCAACAACUUUGCAGAAUGGGACAUCAAAGACAUCUAUUUCCUUGAUGAUGAUGAUGAUUUACUAAGAGCAUUAAAGCUUGCUGCAGUAGAUAUUUAUCAAUCUCAACUCAAGGAAAGGUGUAGAAGAAAAAAAAUUGCACGGGACUGUGGACUGAUAAAUCUGAAAAAACAGCAAAUGUAUGACAAGCGGUACAUCAGGCCAGUACGGGACAUGAAGGAUGGACUCAGACCUUUCCUGGAGUUCUUCCUCCCAGAACAGUUUGAAAGCUUCAUGGAAGGGCUGAUUUUGGAGCAGGACAUGCGGAAAGAGGUCAGAAGACUACAGGAAUUGAGACAGGCUGGAACUUCUACCUUUAGAGCGGGGCUCCUGUAUGAGAAACUGAGACGGCGUAGAGAGGAGGAGGUUGGAAGGAGACAUAUGCUGACUGAUGUCCUCAGUAACAUGCAGGAUGAGUUUGCCUGUCAACAGUGGCUGCAUCGCCAGGCCCACAUGGAUGGCAAUCCCAGUAUUGCCCCUUUUCUACCUCUAUCAUCCACAGCUCGUAGAAGUGCUCCACCUUUGGACCUCACACAGUUUGCAGGGUACGAUAAGCUCACUGAAGCUGAAAAAGAGAUGUGUGCCAAUGUCCGGUUCCUCCCAGAGGCUUUCUUUGAGUACAAGGACAUCUUACAGAGGGAGGCUGACAGGCAGGGAGGUCUGCGGCUGGCACAGGCGAGGCAGCUACUCAAGAUUGAUGUCAACAAAACUAGAAAACUGUUCGACUUCCUCAUGCAGGAAGGUGUCAUCUCUAAACCAGAGUGAUAUUUGUUUUCUUUGGCCUAUAGAGUGCUGUUGGGGGUUGGUGGAAAAAACGGUCCAGUCUGGACUGUUUAGGGGUGGAAAAAAAGGUCCGACCAUUCACGUGUAGUUGUGCCCCGUGUCAGAAAAAGGUACACCAUGCGGCAGGCUGGAACCCUACAGAUGUGUCCCAUAGACAUGUAUCUCAAUAUGAAGAUGUCAUUGAAAAACUGGUUUUUCCCCUAGAGGAGUUGCAUCUCUAACAUGUCUAACUGCAGUACUACCCACUAGUAUUGUCUGCAUAAUGAACUUUUGAUCAAUUCCUGAAGAUAACUUGACUACAAGUCACAUGAACUGUGACAGAGAGUAUUGUGAAACAUUUUGAUCAUUGUUAUUCAGGUCUAGAGUGCAUUGAGGAUUGAAAAUGACAAUGGAGAGUAAUUCAAUUGGCCUGUCAUACAGACAGUGUUGAUUGUUACAUGAUUGAUUUACGUGAAUUAAGUCCGGGUAAUUGAUGUAAAAAACUUUCCAAGUGUAAAAUCAUCAGAAUGUUUAAUCAUGUCAGAACAGGGAAAGAGGCAAAUAUAUCGCACACAACGCACACACUGUAAGGUUAAAGCUGUAUGGGAAGACAAAUAAAAACGUGGAUUUGUA